CGAAGAGUUUGUUAUAUGGUUCCGCGACUUCUGUCGGCCGUCUACGUCCGCUGCUUAGGGUUCUCGGGAGAAUAACACGUUGAAGGAAAUUCAAUAAGAUGGUUCUCAAGACUGAACUCUGCCGUUUUAGUGGUGCCAAGAUAUAUCCAGGAAAGGGCAUCAGAUUUGUCCGAUCUGACUCACAGGUCUUCCUUUUUGCAAAUUCAAAAUGCAAGCGUUACUUCCACAACCGCCUGAAACCUGCUAAGCUUACGUGGACUGCAAUGUACAGAAAGCAACAUAAGAAGGACAUUCAUGCUGAAGCUAUAAAAAAGAAACGUCGUGCCACCAAGAAACCAUAUUCUAGGUCUAUUGUUGGUGCUACCCUUGAGGUCAUUCAGAAGAAGAGAACUGAGAAACCUGAAGUUCGGGACGCCGCAAGAGAAGCAGCUCUUCGUGAAAUCAAGGAGCGUAUAAAGAAAACGAAGGAUGAGAAGAAAGCCAAAAAGGCUGAGAUCAUGGCUAAAACUCAGAAGACGCAGACAAAAGCUGGCGUCCCCAAGGGUGCCAAGGGCCCCAAGCUUGGUGGUGGUGGUGGCAAGCGUUGAAAACCUAGUUUCCCUGCUUAUCCAUUUCUGUUGACCGUUGAGAAAUUUAGUCUGUCUGUUUACUUGUACCCUUUAUGAACAUUAUCUGCAGCAGGUUGUUAAGUAUCAUAUCAAACUUUAUCCAACAUGAGAAAUUUAUUAAAGACCUAGUUUUGAAGGUUGAUUAAUCUAUUGGCCGUCAUUCUGUUUUAA